GUCAUGUACUAAAUAUACAAAAAUAACGAAAAUUAAACGACAGCAUUAAAUCUAACUCUACUUACAGGCUUUGACAAGACGUAUUUUUUUUCUACAGGCCAGUGUAGUAUAACGAAUUGUCAAACAUGCAGACAAGAAUCUGGUGUGACGUCAUGCUCACGGUGCAGUAGUGGUUACUUCCCCUUGUCAACGACUUGUCAACCCUGUAGCCAGGGAUGUAGAGCAGUGACGUCAGGAUCAACAUGUGAUGGAUCAACCGGAAUUUGUGCCAGCGGUUGUAAUACUGGUUGGAUUGGAGAAAAAUGUGAUCGGUGUGAUAGUAAUUUUUACAGUGCUGGGGGUAAUUGUUACCUGUGUAGCGUCAAUUGUGUAAAUUCAUGUGACGGAACCACCGGUAGCUGCUUUGGAGGAUGUCGUCAUGGUUACUGGGGAACACGUUGUGAAAAUACCUGCAAACUUUCUUGUGUACAACAAAGCUGUUACUAUACAAACGGCACCUGUACAACCGGAUGUGCUAAUGGAUUUUAUGAUGAUCGCUGUGAGUCUCCUUGCGGAUCUUGUCAGUGUGAAAGGCAGUCAGGAAAUUGUACCGGUUGGUGCGAUGCUGGAUGGUUUGGAGAAAAAUGUGACAAAAGAUGUAACUCUGCUUGUUAUCUGGAGACCUGUGAAAGGAAUGAUGGCCACUGCACGUACGACUGUCCUACUGGAUUUUACGGACCUUUCUGCAAUAAGAAUUGCAGUACCGGAUGUGACGGAAAGUGCAAUCAAGACACUGGAGUAUGUUUAACUGGAUGCAAGCCUGGACUUUAUGGAGACAUUUGCACGAAUCCAUGUAAUCCAAACUGUAAGACUGGAUAUUGCUCUAGAUCCGAUGGAUUGUGUGUUGGUGAUUGCAAAGAUGGAUUUUUUGGUGAUUACUGCUAUAGAAGUUGUGCCACUUCCUGCAGUGGAAACUGCAAUAAAGACUCGGGUCUUUGUUCAGGUAAUUGCCAAGACGGCAGAUUCGGAGAUUUUUGUGAAAAGUUUUGUACCGCUGGGUGUUCGUCUAACACUUGCGAUCGAACUUCAGGAGUAUGCACGUCCGACUGCAUCUCUGGAUUGUACGGAUUAUAUUGUAACCAAUCUUGUGCGACUUGUGAUUCAACUGGCUGUGAAAAGUCAAGUGGAAUCUGUACCAGUCAAUGCGAUACUGGAUAUUUUGGUAGUAUGUGCACAAAUCGUUGUUCCUUUGGUUGUCUUAAUGAAGCAUGUCAGAAAAGCAAUGGAGAUUGUAUAGGAAACUGCAAGGUUGGUUAUUUCGGCGCAAACUGUUCUCAGUUUUGUAGUUCUAACUGUAAUAGCUCUGUUUGUUCCAAAGCCUCUGGUGAUUGUUAUAGUUGUACUAACGGUCGAUAUUAUGGUCCAAAAUGUCAAAGUGCAUGUCCAAAUUGCGAUUCACAGGGUUGUUCGUUUGAAACUGGUGUGUGCAUUGGGUCAUGUUUCCCUGGAUAUCACGGGGCUAAAUGUGAUCUUCAAUGUAGCGCAAAUUGUGAAAGUCAGUCAUGUGACCGAACGUCAGGGAAAUGUUUAAAAUGCAAAGUAGGGUUUCACGGGUUUAAUUGUACAAUGCCUUGUAAUGGAAAUUGUCCGUCAAAUUUAUGUGAACAAGAUACUGGUUACUGUUCUCAGAAUUGUUCAAUAGGUUCUUGGGGCCAAACCUGCACAGGAAGGUGCAGUUCGACAUGUUUUCAAAACACUUGCGAGAGAGAUACAGGGUAUUGUCAUGCUUGUGACGACGGAUUUUACGGUUUAACUUGCAAUCAGAAUUGUAGUAAUCAGUGCUCGUCGGGUACUUGUGAUCGUUCUAUUGGUUCCUGUAUCGGCUCUUGCAAUGUUGGGUAUUAUGGAUAUAAAUGUGAUUUUAAGUGUGUUGAGUACUGUAAUGGCUCUUGCAACCAGGUUAUUGGCAUGUGUGACAAUCCUUGUCCACAUGGACGUUUUGGUGAUUACUGCUCUAUGCUCUGCCAGGAAACUUGCUAUGGAGACGAUAACAAAUGUAUUCGAUCUUCAGGUCAUUGUGAAACGGGUUGUGAUGUGGGCUAUUUUGGCAACUUUUGUGAUUUAACUUGUCCCAAUUGCGACGCUGCUGGUUGCCACAGAUCGAAUGGCUCUUGUAUCGCUUCUUGUAAAGUAGGAUACUAUGGGCCGUCCUGUAACCGUACGUGUAGUCAGACUUGUAAUAACCGUUUAUGUGCCAAAGAUUCGAGCUAUUGCACUAAUGGCUGUACAUUAGGGUAUUUUGGCAACACCUGUGAAGGCAUAUGUAAUCCUAACUGCGAUUCCUCUGGUUGUCACAGAUCUACUGGUGUUUGUUUGGGAUCUUGUAAACCAGGCUAUUAUAACCCAACAUGCUCAGGAGUAUGCAGCCCACAGUGCAAAGGCGGAACUUGUGAACGUUUUAAUGGUACCUGCUCAGAAUGUAACAUCGGUUAUUACGGGGCCUUCUGCAAUUCAACGUGCAGCAAAUGUGACAGUCAAGGAUGCAAUCAAGCCGAAGGUAAAUGUUUUGGAGAGUGCCAGGUAGGGUAUUUUAGAGAAAAGUGCGACAAACUUUGUAGCCAAAACUGCGCUACCGCAUCAUGUAAAAAGCUUGAUGGUCAAUGCUCUGCUUGCAGAGAUGGUUAUUAUGGUCAAACCUGUGCAUCAACAUGUAAUUCAUUUUGCACCAGUAACAAAUGUAACCAAACUACUGGUUAUUGUACAUAUGAUUGUCCAAACGGAUACAAAGGCAACUAUUGCAAUGAACUAUGCGAUUCAGCAUGUGCAGAUAAUACCUGUGAUAGAUAUAGCGGUGCAUGUGUUGGUAGUUGCAACGCUGGGAAACAUGGUCAAUAUUGUCAGCUAAACUGCAGCACGAAUUGUGGUUCUGGAACUUGUCUUAAGGAAAAUGGAGACUGCAUUGGUGGUUGUCGCACAGGUUAUUACCGAAAAAAAUGUGAUAUUUUAUGUAGCCGUCAGUGCUCAUCGUCAUGCGAUCAGAUUUCGGGAUUUUGUUUUGGGGAAUGUAAAACUGGUCAUUACGGAAACUUUUGUGAAACUCAGUGUAGCUCUUUUUGUAAAAGUGACACAUGCGAUAAAACCACAGGGGCUUGUACUAUUGGAUGUGACACAGGGUAUUAUAGUACAUACUGUAACCAGACGUGUAGUACAUGUGAUGACACUGGUUGUAACGACAGAACAGGUGCUUGCUUAGCCAACUGUAAUGUAGGUUUUUAUGGCUCCCAUUGUACGUCGCAAUGCCAAAGCACCUGUCAAGGCGCUUGCCAGAAAUCGACAGGACUUUGUUUAAAUUGCCCUACUGGAUACUACGGAGAUUACUGCUUACAAAGCUGUGUCAACUGUGAUAGCAACGGAUGUGCCUUAUCUGACGGAACGUGCAUUGGAUUAUGUAAGGACAAUUUGUUCCAUGGUCAGUAUUGUAAGUCAUCUUGCAAUGGAAAUUGUUUAAACGGUACCUGUAAUAAAAUCUCCGGAAAUUGUGAUGCUUGUAUUCAGGGUUACUAUGGUCCAACAUGCACAUUAGCAUGCAAUGGUAAUUGUCAGCAGAAUGUAUGCAGAAGAAAUGACGGAUAUUGCACGAACCCUUGUUCUGAACGGUACUUUGGACCAACUUGUAAUUCAAUUUGCAAUGUUUACUGUCGAGGCGGUUGCGAUCGAGAAACUGGUGUGUGUAAUGCCUGCAUUGAUGGCCGUUAUGGUGAUUAUUGUGAUAAAACCUGCAAUACUACUUGUGGAACUGGAUUGUGUAAUAAAAACGACGGAAAAUGCAUUGGUUCCUGUAUACAAGGGUAUUUUGGAGACCACUGUUCAUUUCAGUGUAGCGCUUCAUGUGCAGGAAGUUGUAAUAAAACAACAGCUUAUUGCGUCGGAGAUUGUCAGAAUAGGUACUAUGGAAACUUCUGUCACUUAGACUGUAGCAUUGGUUGCAUAGGUGGAGUUUGUGCUAGAGGUAAUGGAGUUUGUGGCAGUGGUUGCAAAGCUGGCUUUUAUGGAACCUUCUGCAAUAACACUUGUCCAACUUGUGACGCAAACGGAUGUCACCAAAACGACGGAACCUGCCUGUCUCAAUGUUUGCCGGGGUACUAUGGCGGGGAUUGUUCUCUUCCAUGUAGCUCAAACUGUAAGGGUGGUCGAUGUGCUCGGUCGUCAGGCAUUUGUUCUGAAUGCAAAGAUGGUUACUUUGGAGAAAAAUGCGAGACUCUUUGCAAUGCCGGAUGUACUGAAAAUGCAUGUGAUCAAAAGACCGGUGUAUGCAAGUCUGGUUGUAAACAAGGUUUUUACGGCACAAGCUGCAGCAGGGCUUGCGUUGGAUGUAAUGAAUGUUUUCGUGAUACAGGCUACUGCGCCAACUGCACUUCGAAUAAAUAUGGAACCAUCUGUCAGUUUACAUGCAGUUCUAAUUGUAAGUUGUCUUCGAGUGGGCAACUGAUGUGCGACAAGGACUCUGGAGCAUGUCGUUAUCAAUGUAGAGAUGGUUGGUGGGGAGCAAAAUGUGAUCAAGCCUGCAACAGAGGUUCGGGAUGUCAAAGUUCAGCAUGCGAUAUAAAUACGGGAUAUUGCUUAACGCAGUGCUCUGAUGGUUAUUUCGGAGAUCGAUGUGAAAAGCAAUGCAGUGCCACUUGUGCUGGCAACAGAUGUGAUAAGGCUUCAGGUACCUGUUCAAAUGGAUGCGACAGUGGUUACUUCGGAUGAACUUGCUCCCAACAGUGUGUCCAAAACUGUUUGUCUUGCGAUUUUCAGAGUGGCAGUUGCGAUGUUUGUGACAAAGGAUUAUACGGAACUACAUGUCAGUUCAGUUGUAAUAGUAAUUGUAAUGUUAGUAGUGGACCGGAUCAAACAUGUUCAAAGGACAUAGGUUAUUGUCUACUUAAUUGUAAAUUAGGAUAUUUCGGAAACGAUUGCUCCCAAAAUUGUCAAGGCCAAUGUUUAAGUGGAAGCUGCAAUAGAGCAAACGGACAAUGUGACGAUGGUUGUAAGAAUGGUUAUUACGGUCUUUUCUGUACUAAUACCUGUCCUAAUUGCUUAGAUGGAGGUGUGGGAACAAUGUGUCAUCGAACAACAGGUCCUUGUUUAAAUGGAUGCAAACUUGGAUUUUUCAACGAUCAAUGUUCUCAAAUGUGCUCUUUAGAUUGCCAGUCCCACGCAUGUUCUAGAACCGAAAGAAAUUGUACUGUUGGAUGUGUUGAGGGGCUGUUUGGUUCCGACUGCACAUCCAAAUGUAACCCAAAUUGCAUUAACGACAUUUGUGUACGGGCGACCGGGGAAUGUAUUGUCGGAUGUCGACCAGGUUCAUAUGGAUCUUUGUGUAACUUUAACUGCAGUAACGUAGGAUGCCCCAGUGGAUAUUGCGACCGACAAACAGGCGCCUGUCAGGAAGUCUGUGGGGCGGGAUAUUAUGGUUCUUACUGCAACUUGACCUGUUCCCAUUGUGAUAGUGCUGGCUGUGACAAAUCCACUGGGUCUUGCUUAGGUUCUUGUAAAGCCGGAUUCUAUGGAAUGAAUUGUGAACGAUCUUGUAGCAGCAACUGCAAUGGAAUCAGUUGUGAUAGGACCUCAGGAAAAUGCUCUGGCAAUUGCAAUGCUGGAUGGUUUGGAGAUAAAUGUGAUCAGGCAUGUCAUUCAAAUUGUGCAAAUGGAAUUUGCGAUCGGGAAACAGGGGACUGUGAAAGUUGCAUUGCAGGUCAUUAUGGGGGAAAGUGUUCCUUCUUUUGCAGUUCUAAUUGCAAUACAGCAAUCUGCAAUCGUACGAAUGGGACUUGCACUGCCUGUGCAUCAGGUUGGUACAGCGAGAGAUGCAACAUCAAGUGUGGAGAUAAAUGUAAAAACCUUAUUUGCUCGCAGGACACAGGUAACUGCCUUGAAUGCAAACCAGGAUAUUACGGACCGAAAUGCGAUUCUAUAUGUUCAGGAUGUGCCCCUUACAACAAUCAGUCUAACUGCGCACAGGUAGAUGGUAUGUGUUUGAACAAAUGCAAGACAGGGUUUUAUGGCAAUAGGUGCACAGAGGUUUGCAACAACAAAUGCAAAAACAAUAAUUGUGAAAAUACAGCAUCAAAUUGUCUAGAUGGCUGCCAAAUAGGUUUCUUUGGGACCGAUUGUCAAUCUGAUUGCAGUACCAAUUGUCUGAAUUCAGAGUGCAGUAAAACAACAGGAGCUUGUUCACAGGGAUGCAAAGCACGCUGGUAUGGACCUAGAUGUUCAAAUGCAUGUAAUAGUGCUUGCAUGAGGAGCUUAUGCAAUGCUGAAAAUGGUAUUUGCUUCGCUUGCCCUGAUGGCUUUUAUGGAAAUCUAUGUGAUCAGCAGUGCCACGCGAACUGUCAAGGGGGUGUUUGCGACAGAAACGGGACUUGUCUGGAAUGCAGACCCGGAUUCUAUGGCAAAAUGUGCAGUGAGACUUGUGGAAACUGCACAAACUGUGACCGAACGACGGGGUGUAAGGCUUGCUCGACAGGAAAAUGGGGUAAUGCUUGCCAGAAUGAUUGCAAUGAAAACUGUAAAUUAAAUAGAUGCAAGAAGGAUGAUGGAACGUGCCAAGAAUGUACGGCAGGGUUUUUCGGAGCUUCCUGCACUAAGGUUUGCAAUACAACAAGUCACUGUAUUGGUAAUGCAUGCGACCAGUUUAGCGGAGCAUGCAAUGGAAAUUGCGUUGAUGGUUGGUACAGUAGUCGAUGCGAGAUCGCUUGUCCAGUGAACUGCAAAAGUAAAGCUUGUAACCGACAAAGCGCCGUUUGCAGCUACGGAUGCAGCCCUGGGUAUUAUGAUGAUCUUUGCAAGACACUAUGCCCAGUCGGCUGUUAUGAGUGCAGCUCUGCCGGUAUCUGUUUAUCUUGCAAAAGUAACUAUUACAGUCAGGGGUGCCUUACUCAGUGUAAUCCAAACUGCAAACGGCCUAUGGAUAAUUCCCGAGUUUGUGAAACCAAUACCGGUUACUGUGUAGAGGGAUGUAAAGAUGGACAUUAUGGUGCCAUGUGUCAUAUGAGUUGCUCUGUUAAUUGUAAGGGUCUGUCAUGUACCAGAGACACUGGAAAAUGCGCUGGAAUAUGUAAUGCUAAAUUCUUUGGCCCCUUUUGCAACGAUUCAUGUAGUGGUUGCGAGACUAUAGGUGAAAUAAGUUGUGAACAGUCAACUGGAAGAUGCUUAUAUGGUUGCAAGUCUGGUUUCUAUGGCACAUACUGCAGAAAUGAGUGUAGUGGAAAGUGCAAUGAGUGUCCAGUGGGAUCAUUUGGAAUAAACUGCCAGAGUAGCUGUAGGGCAUAUUGUGGAGGUAACGGGACCUGUCAUCCGGUCACUGGUGUGUGUGUCAGUGGAUGUAAGGAGGGAUGGAGUGGAUCAAUGUGCGGUGACGGUAUUAAAUGUGUCUCCUAUAAAAUUGAGAGUCCCACAGGCCUUUUUCUUGUCAUCUGUAAAUUAAUCCAACAAUAA